AUGUCGGACGCGGCCUCCAUGCUGGCGGAGUGGACCACCAUGCUGGCCUCUAUACGUCAGCAUCUCCUUCGAGCACAGCAGUGCAUGAAGCAUCAGACGGAGAAGAAGCGCUCGGAGCGUUCGUUCCAGGCUGGCGACUUCGUCUACCUCCGUCUGCAACCUUACGUUCAGUCGUCGUUGGCGCCGCGCUCCCACCACAAGUUGUGCUUCAAAUACUUCGGUCCCUUCAAGGUGCUGUCCAAGAUUGGAGCGGUGGCGUACAAGCUUGAGCUUCCGCCGACGUCUUCAAUCCACCCGGUGUUCCACGUCUCGCUGUUGAAGCCGGCGUCGUCCGCUGUUCCAGCAGUCUCCGCCAGGCUCCCCGACCUCGACAACAACAUGCAAGUCCCGGAGCGCGUGCUGCAGUCCAGACUUCAUCAACGUGGUACCCACUCCGUCAAGCAGUUGCUGAUCAAGUGGUCCGGCCUCGACGACGAGCUUGCUACCUGGGAGGAUGCCGACGCCAUCAUGCAGCGCUUCCCUGGUGCUUCGGCAUGGGGACAUGCCGGCACUCAAGGGGGGAGGGAUGUCAGCAGACCUCACCCUGGGGACCCGUUGGCAGCGCCAAGGCCCAAGAGGAAGAGAGUAAGCAACAUCAAAUUGUCUGGGCCGGAAUGGGCCUGCGUGUCUUGUAACGAGAAGCCCGAGUCAGCGUGA